AUCCUUGAUCCUCUCAGCUCCAGAGCUCCAGUCACCAAGCUCAUCACCAUGCGUCUCUCGUACCUCCUCACAUCCAUCUUCCCAUUCGCAGUAUCCGCUUCUCUCCAGGAGCAAAUCAUAAUUCCACCAAUGUCGCAGACCACCAAAGAAUCCAUCUCAUCACCAUUCACAAGCUCCCAGCCCACGCUCGCGGACUUGCUCACCAUCGAGCCCUUAGCGAGUAUAUAUUACUCGUAUGCUCGAGAGACGGAGUUGUCGUCUAGUUUCUUUUCUGAGUCUGUCUGGUAUACGAUGCUCGUACCGACGAACAAGGCUGUUAUGGCGCUGGCUCGGAAACCACACCAAGGUCCGGAGCCGGUAGAGCCCAAGAUUGAGAUCUCAGAACAGGAGCUGGACGAAAGGUCUAAGAGAAAUGUUGAGCGAUGGGUCUCAGCCCACAUAAUUCCUUCUCGCAUCUCCCUGUCCGACGCGCCUGCUUCCUAUGAAACGCUGCAAGAUGGGAAACUCGUUGCUGUCACACCUGUUCCCAACUCAAAGCCUGACUCACCCGAGUGGAUGCGGGUGACUUUAGAGGAUGGUGUGCGCAUCAUAGGGAUGAAGAAGGCGCAGAACGGCGUGAUUUACCUGAUAGAUGGUACCGUCGUUCCAAACUGAUCAUAAUUUUCAUUGUCGCCCGGCAUAUACUAUAUCAUAUUGUAAGACCUCAACUGCGUUGUUGCGAAUAUACCGGACCAGUCAAUCUAAAAUUCUAAAGAGUCCAAUAACUGGACAGCGACUGAUAACAUUGUUGACAGCGGUAACGACAAAG